GUGACAGGCGGAUCGGGUGUUUAAACCAGGAACAGGGAGUGUUUAAAGUCUCUAUAAAUGUGAAUGCGACAAUUCUGAAUGUAAAUCGAAGACACCAACGACUUCAAUCUACUAUUUGGAUUUGUGUCUGUUUGUGGCACGAUGGCAGUUUCUCCAAAAGCUAGGGUGGAGUACAGUCCGGAGAGCAAGUCAUUAGAUCUGCUGUUUGGGAAACAAGGUCCAGAUUACCUGAAAGGGGUUUUAUAUUGGGUGUCCAAAGAGAGACACAAGAUAUUUGAAUUAAAAAAACCAGCUGGCGCCACAUUGAAGAUAGGACCCCUGGAAGACACCAUUUACAGUGAGAAGUCUAAGGUAGUGAAUGGGUGGGGAGAAUUCUAUCUUCCUGAGAUAGUAAGCAUGCAGGUUGUAGGUGUAGUGGAGGGGACCUCCUGCCCAUGGGACCAGCUCGUUCUAAUGAUCUGUGAGGACGAAAAUCUGUAUGCCUACGAUGGAGAGGAGCUACAUUUGGUGGCUUCAAGCAUGGAGCAGCUACUUGAAGAGGGAAUAAGCUAUCCAGGAUCCAAGACAUACUACGAAGGGGAGGCCUUCAAAGACAAGACCGAGGAGGACUGGGAAGAAGUGUGGAACAGACCUACGGGGAAGAGGCUGGAUCAAGAACAUCUUAAACUGGUGACAGAAAACAAGGACACAUUUAUGGAAUGUCUCAAAGCCACAGCUGCAAUAAAGGCCCGUCCCUCCCAGAAGCCCGUGGCAAUUCCCUAGGUCCUUGUCAGUCGGUGACGUCACUUGUGCCCAAAAAUACUUGUGUGUGUUAUUAGGAAAGGGAUAACAUCUCUUUCUGAAAAUGUCAAUGUUUUAAUGACUGCAAUGAUAAUGUAUAUAUUCUACUUUAAAUCAUGUCCAUGACAGGGUGGACAUAUGUUGGAUGUGCACCUACAUUGUCUGCUUGUAGUUGUUUGGGAAAUAUUUUCCUGCGCCUAUAACUUUGACCCAGUUUAUCAGUACUGCCCUCGCUGAGCACAGGCCUGCAACCUUGGGCUGCUGCUCUCAGUGUUUUGUCUCCCUAUUCCCGCCUGUUGGCGUCAGCUGAUAGAGGUGUUAUAGUGCUCCUCCUGCUUUAUCUUGUUAUGCACAAUGUUGAUUAUUCUCUCAGAACCAGCUAAAUACAUGGGUUUGGGGUAGAGAUCUUCAGAAUUGGUUUGGCAACCGCUGUCACCUCGUGGCACACGACAUGUCUUGUGAAUUCUCCGGCCGAAGCUCCAAAUAAACCAUCAGUGUUUGCCAU